UUUUUAUUUUUAAGAAUAAUUUAGAUGUUAGUAAUACGUUAUAUAGAAUGUGCCCGAAUAAGCACAUAUUAAAUUGUAUACAAAUAAUACUUAAGUUAAAUUUUGAGUGUCCAUUUAGGCCGUUUUCGUUUUUGUGGUCCAAAUGGUUGGUCCAAUUAGACCUAUGUUGUUCCUUUAUGAAAUAAAGACGGACCUGGCCAUUUUAUAUUGUUUUCAGACAAGCCUUGACAAAGACUUCCAAGGCUUGUAUUAACAUUUGCAGGUCCGUCAAGAUAUAUGUUUGAAAUAUUACAUUUAAAAACUGAUGAACCGGUUUGUCCGCACAAACGAACAGGCCCUAUAUGUGGCCUCAGACCACAAUUAUACUUCCGGUUCGUUGUACACAAAUGUAGUACAUAUGGAAAUUUCAGGACUGUUGCUACAUAUUUUUUCCUCACUUACAUGUAGCUGUUACAGAUAUGGGCAUAAUUUUAGCAUAGAUUUACUAAUGCAAUAUUUAAUCUGGCGACAGAAUUUUGUUUUGACACCAUUUCCAUGUUUGUUUGUGUUGCAGGACACAGGAUAGUUAUAAGACUUGAGUAGUAAUAUUUUGUGAUUUUCCAGAUUUUCCCACAAUAUAGUGGGGUGGUUACACAUAAAUAUAAAUAUCUUUCUUAAAUGCCUGUCAUGAGGUACUUUCCAGCUCACUGUAUGUUCAGCUUGAAUAGUUCUUUAACGUGAUGUGAAAACCAGAUUUUUCGCAAAAUUCUGAAAUAUUUUAAUUUCGAUUUUUCUUUGGUAGAACAAAGAGGGAAAUUAAUGUGGUCUGAAGCUAUGUACAUGGAUCCUGACAUUAGUCACAUUGCAUACACGAGUUAUCCCCCUUGAUUCAAGAUGUCUGAGCCCAUGUGACAAUACAAGUCAAUGUGACGGACGGAAUUGAUGCAUUUAUCUCAGCUAACUGGUGAUGGAUAAAAAUGACAGUUGUUGCGGAAGCUCCGAGAAGUUAAUCACUGAACUUGGUGUAACCGUUUUAUCUAAAGUUGGUAAAACGACAGUGGAGAAGGCCAAGUUUUACAAUGCCCGACUCGCCCUGAUCAGGGAAGCUGUGUUGAAUACUCUGUGUACUAUAACAAGGGAGACAACUGAUACAUUACACUGUGUGGAUGCUGUUGCAGGUACAGGAUUAACAGGCCUCCAGUGGAAGGUGAGGUUGAAGAAUUUGAUUCAUGUUACAAUAGCAGAAAAAGAACAUAUCUCUGAUGUACAAAGUAACUGUGAGAGGAACAGAAUCUCCGACAAGACCCUGCCUUUAGACAUGAGUCGUGUUCCAGGUGACCCUAUCGAGGCCCAGGGGGACAGUGAGGUCCAUACCUGUAAAUGUACAGCUCCUGUACUCCUCCACAUGGAGGCUUUUGAUUUUGUGUACCUCAACCCUCAGAGUAACAUAGCAGGCCACAUUGAUUCAGCCAUUGCCAAUAUCCGUAAUAAUGGUGUCUUGUGCCUGGUAUCCACGGACUCCACUCAUCACUUUACACGUUCAGCUGUCUCAGUUCGACGCCACUUUGGGGCUACAGUGACCAAGACAGAAUAUCUCAAAGAACUUGCAGCCAGAGUCAUCAUAGGUUCGAUAGCCAGGGCAGCUGCCAAGUGUAACAAAGGUGUGGAUGUUCUCUAUGUGCUGUUUGUGGAGGAUUUCUUCCUAGUGGCAGUGAAGGUGUUAAGGGGACCAAAGCUUGCUGACAGUUGUACUGAACAAAUAAGAAGUCUACUUCACUGUCAGAUGUGUGAGGAACGAGUCUUCUAUCCCCUCACUAACACUCCCAUAGAACACCCAUAUAAAUUACUGCCUUGCAGUUGCCAAGACAACACACCUGGGAAAACAGCACUUGUAUUAGGGCCAAUGUGGUCAGGAGGAUUGUUCAACUAUGAAUUUCUUAGAGAAACCUUGAUAAGGUCCAAGGAAGAACAAUUCUCUAAAAAGCUACACAGUGUGUGGACAGUAAUGUUAGAUGAAGUGAGGUGUGUCCAGUGUAUAGAUACCUCAAAAACAAACAGUGAAAGUAACUCAACAGAAGAACCUUGUCUAAAACGACAAAGGUUGUGUGACACGGGAGUCUUACAGGUACCAGCAGAACCUAGGAGUAUUACUCUGGAGCCCAUGCCAUCAUUCUAUUACAAUAUUCCAAGGCGGAAAUGGAAAGGAAUAAAUGUUCCAAAGUAUCCAAUUCUUAUAGAUCUCCUACGUAAGGAAGGACAUCGAGCAUCCCGUACCCAUUUUGACUUUGGUGGAAUCAGGACUAGUGCCUCUCUGGCUGACGUUACAAUGAUUCUGUCAAAGCACUGCCAGCAAACCCAACAAAACGGUGUACCAGUAGUGUGAUGGUGUCAGAAUCUAUACCUCUGUUGAGUACAACAGAUGUCUGUAAACAGUGUACCAGUAGUGUGAUGGUGUCAGAAUCUAUACCUCUGUUGAGUACAUCAGAUGUCUGUAAACAGUGUACCAGUAGUGUACAUGUGAUGGUGUCAGAAUGUAUACCUCUGUUGAGUACAACAGAUGUCUGUAAACAGU